AUGACGGUCCGUGGAAUACCUAGUCUUCAAAACAAAAGACUGUCGGGUCAGGCAGUCAGUCAAAGACUCAUAGAAUGCCACAAUGUUGAUGGAUGUAUAGAUUUGAUGGACAAUCCUAGCACAUUAGAGGAAUUGCAAACAACAAGUUCUAGGAAACAAGAAAGCAGUACAACACAUGUAGCCACAACGGAAGCUGUUCCUCUCACAUCUGUGUUGAUAAAAUCAUUUCCGAAAAAAGAAGAAGGCUUAGGUUUAAUAAAUACAGAAGUUUUCAUUUACGCAGUCUGUGGAGUCAGUACUUUUCUUAUUCUCAUUUUCACCAUCGUGUGUCUAUGUGUCCACAGAAAAUCCAAAAAAGCAAACGUUAAUGGACUUUCUGAAAAUCAAAUACGUGGUAAUAAUCGCCAAGAUGACGAAGACGUUGACCUCGAAAUAAGUCACAACAUUUCAACAGAAAAGGGGACAGGCCAUGAAUACGAAGAAAUUGAUGAGCAUAAAAUGUCUGAAUUUUUCAUAAUAUCAUCUUUAGAACAAGCCAGUUUAAGUGAUAAUGACAAUUCUAGUGAGUCAUCAGAUGGUAUAAGGUUACCGAAUGAUGGUUAUCUAAAUCCUUAUACGCCGCUACUAUCUACAAAACAGCAGACAGAAGACAGCCAUGGUGAAUCUGAUGAACACAAUCGUUCCUCUAAAGUGAACAUUUUAUACACAAAUCUUUAUCAAUCUCUAAAAUUAAACAGAGAUGACAAGAUAAGGUUAUAUACUAGAUGUCAUAGCGUACAGUAUCUUGAGCUUGUGGAUGAACCAAUCGAAAAGAAAAACGAAACAAUUAUCAGAGAAAAUGGUAAACGACAUGUACAAACAUUGUAGUAAAAAUGACACGCAGGCAUUUUUAGUAGCAUACAUUAGACAAAAAAAGAAAAAAAGGCAUACUUGCUAUAAUUCACAACGAAAUCAAAAUUAUAAAUAUUAGGAAAAAGGGGUUAUGACAAUGAGUAAUAUGUAACGUAAACACCCUUGAUGAUUUAAAGGCAAACCAAGCAUUUUUUCAAGUGCACAAUAACUAUAUAUCAAUUUUAUCAUUAAAUACGAACAUUGUCAGGUCAACGCCGAUAAUUUUAGUAUACCUAAAUAUUGCAACAUUUCUAUUUUAAAUACAUGUUAAAUAUUCUUUGGUAUGAUUUUUAUUUACCGUUGUAAAUAUCGGGAGCAUUUUCAUUUUCUUAAAUAUGAAUAUCAUUAUAUUUUUUUCAUCAUAAUAUUAUGUAGAACAAAAAAAAAAUUCUUUUGAUCAUUGCAUGUCACGUAAAUCCGUGAUGUAGAUAGAUUUUUUAUAAGGCAUACAACUUUUGUCUGAGGUA